AGGGGGGGCGUAUCCAAGGCACCAUAUGAGGUAAUCGAACCCUAUUUGUGACUCUUUUUACAGCACGGCGAGGCACAGCUUGUUCCUCCAGACCGACUUCACCGAGAACGGAACCCGAAAAAGCCCCUCCUCCUCCCGCCAGCAGACACCCGCGGUUGGGGCGCUGCAGUCAACCUCGCUCCUGUCCUCCGGCCAGAGGUGAACCGCUUGGUGAGAAGAGACGAGUUCUGCCUCUCUGAUCCCUGCCAUGGCGUCCUCUGUGUUUUGCCGCCAACUUUCUCUCUCCCGCCACAAAAACCUGUGCCUCAGUCUCUCAGGAUGCCGAUACGCAAGCAAAGCGGCACCUAAAGCCCAGGUGGAGUUAGAUUACGAUGGACCCUCCAUGAAAACUGAAGUCCCUGGGCCACGAUCACAGGAGCUGACAAAACAACUGGGGGAAAUUCAGAAUGUUGCCGCUGUCAACUUCUUCUGCAACUACGAGGAGAGCAGGGGCAACUACCUGGUGGACGUGGAUGGGAACCGCAUGCUUGACAUCUACACUCAGAUCUCCUCAAUUCCGAUUGGAUACAACCACCCUGCUCUCAUCAAACUAAUGUCCAAUCCCAACAAUCUGAGUGCAUUUGUGAACCGACCUGCACUUGGAAUCUUGCCACCUGAGAAUUUCCCAGACAAACUCACCGAAAGUCUUCUCUCAGUGGCUCCCAGUGGAAUGAGUCGUGUCCAGACCAUGGCUUGUGGCUCGUGCUCCAACGAGAAUGCGUACAAGGCCAUGUUCAUCUGGUACAGGAAUAAAGAGCGAGGCCACAGCUCUCCAUCUGAUGAGGACCUCAGCUCUUGCAUGAUCAACCAGGGUCCAGGAUGUCCGGAGUUCAGUAUUUUAUCUUUUAUGGGAGGCUUCCAUGGCAGAACUAUGGGUUGUUUGGCAACAACACACUCUAAGGCGAUCCAUAAGCUGGAUGUGCCCUCGUUUGAUUGGCCCAUCGCACCAUUCCCCAGACUGCAGUACCCACUGGAAGAGUUCGCCAGAGAGAACGCACAGGAAGAGGCUCGCUGUUUGGAAGAGGUGGAGGAUCUGAUUGUGAAGUGGAGGCAGAAGGGAAAGCCUGUCGCUGGGAUUGUGAUUGAGCCCAUCCAAGCUGAAGGAGGAGAUAACCACGCCACCACGGAUUUUUUCAAGAGUCUCCGCAACAUUGCACGCAAACAUGGCUGUGCUUUCCAUGUGGACGAAGUCCAAACCGGAGGAGGGUGCACAGGAAAGUUCUGGGCCCACGAGCACUGGGGUAUGGACGACCCCGCUGACAUCGUGUCCUUCAGCAAGAAGCUUCUGACCGGUGGCUACUACCACAAACUGGAAUUACAGGCCGAUAAGCCCUACCGCAUCUUCAACACAUGGAUGGGUGACCCAUCAAAGAACUUGUUCCUGGUUGAGGUCCUCAACGUGAUUCGCAGAGAGAACCUCCUGGAGGAAGUGACUCGUUCGGGAAAAGCCCUGCUAAAUGGGCUGUAUGAAUUACAGGCUCAGUACCCUGGCCUUCUGAGCCGAGCCCGAGGACAGGGAACCUUCUGUGCCGUCGAUAUCCGUGAUGAUUCAACACGCAACAACAUCCUUCUGAAGGCACGGAACAAGGGUAUCCUCCUGGGGGGGUGUGGCGAUAAGGCCAUCCGUUUCCGUCCGUCGCUGGUUUUCAAGGAGUACCACGUGCACAUGUUCCUCAACAUCUUCAACGAGGUGUUGGCCCAGUUCAAAUGAAAAACAGCGGGGGACGUGGGUUCCAUGACACGACACCAGGAUACGGGGAGGGAACUCUCCUCACCGUCCACGCAGGAUAAAGCACAAAACACACCAAUCAAACGAAAUCAGAAGGUCAGUUGAGUCUCGGCCAGGACAACGAUAACAACGUGUGACGUGGUGAAUCUGUAAUCCAUUCAUUCAGUCGACAUUAAUCCAAAUGUGUGGACACCUUAUUCAUCUCAGUCUCCUCAUACUUUCUCAUGUGGUACACCGGCUUUCACGCACCACAGUGCGAGCAUGGAGUAGUCUGUUCUCAUCACUACCUCCCAGUGAAUGUGUGACGCAAUCUGAUACCAUGUCAACAAAUGGUUUGGUCCGACCCGGGCCGUCCGAACUGCGACCCAACGACAAAAAAAUGGCACUUAUGGACUAACCUAUCCGUCCAUGUCUCCUAAUUUAACGUGAAUGUCGGUUUAAAGAGGCGGACAUCUUACCUUUGAUAGAGGAGUCAGUGUUUGUGAUGAUUUCCAAGGCAACCUGCAUGUCGGUGUCCAUUUGGAAAUGUCCUCCUAGUUCUUCUGCCUGUCGCCUUGGACCGACUUCGUAGCCCAGACCAACGCUAAUCUUGGUUUGACCGUUAAAAUGUCUCUGCAUAUUUAGUGCCUGCAUGAUACUUGUAUGCGCUGUUUUGUUUUUUUGUUUUUCUACUCAUACAAUUUACCGCAACUCUGCUUCAUAGUCAAGAGCUAGUUCCUUUUUUCCCUUCACGAAUCGAUCGCGUAAAGACUGCUAUUCAUUUUGUCUUAUUCUCUUCUUGAGGUACAGUAAAGGCCAAAAGUUUGGACACACCUCUUUCAAAGCAUUUUCUUAAUUUUUUUAUGACUAUUUACAUUGUAGAUUGUCACUGAAUGCAUCAAAACUAUGAAUGAACACAGGAGUGGAGUUAUGUACUUAACAAAAAAAGGUGCAACAAUUGAAAAAAAUGUUUUAUAUUCUAGUUUUUUUUUUCUGUGAUGGUGUACCCUGCCUUCCGCUUGAUUGUAGCUGAGAUAGGCACCAGCGCUCCCCGCGACCCCAAAGGGAAUAAGCGGUAGAAAAUGAAUGAAUGAAUAUUGUAGUUUUUUCAAAAUAGCCACCCUUUGCUCUGAUUACUGCUUUGCACACUCUUGGCAUUCUCUCGAUGAGCCUCAAGCACACCUGGUCAGUGGCUUUGUGGUUAGAGCAGUGGUUCUUAACCUGGGUUCGAGAAGUCGGCCUCAGGGGUUCGGCGGAGCCUCCGCUGCGGAGGUCAAGACAUGCCUGACUCAUCGUGCAAAUCAAACCUCCUCCCUCUCGCCGCAUUAUGGAUGUUUCCUCUAAUUUUCCAUCUGAUUCGCAGGUGUGUAAUUUGUUGUGAGUUCAUGCUCUGCUGGUUUUGUUCUUUGAACAAGAUGAAGCUCAUGCAUGGUUCAUUUUGUGAACCAGUAAAAAAAAACUACAUAACUUUGUCUUGAAUUUGAGUAAAAAACAUUUUAUUUUUCACUAAAGAAGGGUUCGGUGAAUGCGCAAAUGAAACUGGGGGGGUUCGGUACCUCCAACGAGGUUAAGAACCACUGGGUUAGAGUCUCCACCCUGAUAUCGGUAGGUUCUGAGUUCUCAAACCCCGGCCGAGUCAUACCAAAGACUAUAAAAAUGGGACCCAUUACCUCCCUGCUUGGCACUCAGCAUCAAGGGUUGGAAUUGGGAGUUAAAUCACCAAAAUGAUUCCUGAGCGCAGCCACCGCUGCUGCUCACUGCUCCCCUCACCUCCCAGGGGGUGAACAUGGGGAUGGUCAAAUGCAGAGGAUCAUUUCACCACACAUAGUGUGCGUGUGUCUGACUGUCAGUAGUACUUUAACUUCAGGUGACUACCUCUUGAAGCUCAUCGACAGAAUGCCAAGAGUGUGUGAAAAAGUAUUUAGAGCAAAGGGUGGCUAUUUUGAAGAAACUACGAUAUAAAACACGUUUUCAGUUGUUUCACCUUUUUUGUUAAGUACAUGUGUUCAUUUAUAGUUUUGAUGCUUCAGUGACAAUCUACAAUGUAAAUAGUCAUGAAAAUAAGGAAAACAUUGCAUUGAACGAGAAGGUGUGUCCAAAAUUUUGGCCUCUACUGUACAUAAUAGCUUAAACAGCAACGGUAAAUGGCUUUUUAAUUGUUCCCCCCCAGAAGUAGGAAUCCCACAACAAUGUGAUUUUUACACAAACCUUCACUGACAGCGACGCUCUGUUGACAUGUUGCCAGUGUUGAAACUUGAGAUUUGAGCAGGGAUCUAUGAAGGCUUAACUUGGUUUAAAGAUGAAGUAGCACAGGGUCAUUAACAACUCAAUGUUUGCAUCGUUCAAAGUGGCAGAAAAGCACGCUUUUAAAAUAAGGACAUUUGCGUACAACAUAAUUGUGGUGGUGAAUGUUCCAUGCCAGGCUAACAUGGUCCGUGUGUCCCCUAUAAUUUACACCUUAACAAAUAUUUCAAUCUAAAAGGAAGUUGUUCGGUUAUUAAAUCAGGGGUGUUAAAAUAAUUGAAAAAUCCAACGAGGGCCAUUUAGACAUUGAAUAUUUUUUAAUGUAGAUAUGUUACGUUAUUUUGUUGUCUGCUUGUGACUCAAAUAUGGUCCCCGGACCGCACUUUGGACACCCCUGGGUUAGAGUGUUAAAGCUGAGGAAUAUAGCAGUAGUACAAAAUAAUACUGCUGGAUUUCUUUAAAGUUGCAGAUAAGGCACUUCUUUGUUAAACAUUUUUGCACUUGUGAUCAGAACCAGAUAAUUAUUGAUGUAAUUAUCUUAGAUGGCUUUAACUGUUGUCUUUAAUAUAUACUGUCAAUGUACUGUGAUGAAUAAAAUACAUUUUGCCUAACUUGA